AUGUCUGAGACUUUUCAUGCCAAUAUGAUCAUCACUGAAUCUCAGAGAAUGAACAAGGAGUAUUUAACAAUGGUUAUUUAUGAGAGCACAGAUUCUGUGAGAGAUCAGGACAGAUACAAACAGAAAACAACCACUGAAGCAUACUGUACAGGAAGUGAGCAUGUGAUGAACAGAAGAUACAGAUCAGUUACAGUGUGUUUGGUGCUGCUGUGUGUUCUUCUACUGACUGCAGUCAUAGUGCUGUGUGUCCACAUCAAUACAAACAAUCAACAGUUUAACAUCAAGAGCACAGAAGAGAGAGACCAGCUACUAACCAAAUAUACCAACAUCACAGAAGAGAGAAACCAGCUACUAACCAAAUAUACCAACAUCACAAAAGAGAGAGACCAGCUACUAACCAAAUAUACCAAACUUACAGAAGAGAGAGACCAAGACCAACCUACUAAACAAGUAUACCAAACUCACAGAGACCAGCUACUAAUCAAAUAUACCAAGCUGAUUAAUAAGCUAAAAUAUGUGAGUGGGAAUGAUGGACUAAAAGGUGAACUUGUUGAGUUUACAGAUGGAUGGAUUAACUAUCAGUCCAGUUUGUACUUCAUUUCAUCUGAGAAGAAGAGCUGGACUGAGAGCAGAAGAUACUGUAUAGAGAGAGGAGCAGAUCUGAUCAUCAUUAACAACAAAGAGGAACAAUUGUUUGUUCGAAUGGUUAGUGGAUGUAAUGGAGUCUGGAUUGGUUUGUCUGACAGUGAUGAGGAGGGCAGAUGGAAAUGGGUUGAUGGCAGCAAACUGAUCUCAGGAAGCCAGUGCGAGGAGCAUCAAAGUUUUCAUAGUGAGAAACUUGACACUCACCGUCUGCAGAGGCUCGAACGGGCAGUCCCUGAGAGCGUUCAGCACCAUGGACAGAGGGACCGCAGUCUUGCCCGAAAACGUAUUCAAGCAAGCCAGAAUCGACUGAACGCGCGCCUCCGUGAGGCGUGCUGUAAGAUUGACCGAAUCCAAUUCCAUGCCGAGAAAAGAGAUCUUCUGUGUCGGGCACAGUUUGCUCUUCUCUCGGUUGACCUGAAGACCGAGACGGGCGAGGUGUUUGAGCACCCGAUCUAG